CCUUUACCUUUAGAUACUUGUCAUUUCUACAAUCGAUUUCGAAUAUAUCUUAAUCGAUAAAGUCAAAAUGCCUCCUACGAUCCGCGUCAUCGGCUCUCUAAACGCCGACAUGGUCUCCGUAACGCCACGCUUCCCAGACGCGGGCGAAACAAUCACCUCUUCUUCAUAUUUCACAAGUGCAGGCGGGAAAGGCGCAAACCAAGCCGUUGCGUGUGGGCGACUCUCGCGUUCGCAGCCGCAAUCCUCCUCUUUCUCGACAAGCAUAAACACUGGCGACGUGAACGUCGAAAUGGUUGGCGCAGUGGGAGGACUAGACGGCCACUUUUCCGCACUUCUCAAGCCCACCCUGGAGAAAUCCGGUGUCGAUACGUCACGCGUGAAGGUUGUGGAAGACGCAUAUACAGGUGUGGCCGUUAUAAUUGUGGACUCAUCCGCCGGCGGCGAGAACAGGAUCUUGUUUUCGCCGGGCGCAAAUUACUCGGGGAUGCAGGCCGACCCGUCAGUUGUUGGCAUGGCGCUUGCGGAGCCAGCUCCGGAUGUCAUUGUCAUGCAGGGCGAGAUUCCCACCGAGACGACGGUCGCGAUUCUCCGCGAGAUCGCGCGGUGGAAGGAACAGCAGCGCGCGGAUGGGAAGAGGGGGAUUGAUGCUGGCCCGGACGUGAUGUUUAACCCUGCGCCUGCGCCGCCUGGAGGCUUACCGGAGGAUGUGUACAAGGGCGUUGACCACCUUAUCAUGAACGAGACGGAGGCUGAGCUCAUGACACCGGACGAGGACGUGCUGCUGCGCGUUCCGGGCAUUGAAAGCGCGCAGGACGGGAAGGAGAAGGUUGCGCGGUACUUCCAUAGCCUCGGCGUAAGAUAUGUGAUUGUUACGCUGGGGGCGAAGGGGGUGUGGUAUAGUGCUGCGGAUCCGGAUACUCUAGGGGACCGGGUCGUGAAUGAGGUCCCUGCUGCGAAAGUGAGCAGGGUGCUUGAUACGACGGCGGCGGGCGAUACUUUCGUGGGAGCCUAUGCAGUUCAGGCUGCAAGAUGGCGUGAGGGAAGGCGCCGGGAAGGAAAGGCUGGGAAGGACCUUGACGCUGAGGAGAAGAAGCAUAGGUACAAAAAUGUCAUGGAUGAGGCGAUGGGUGUGGCCACGAGGGCUUCGGCAAGAGGCGUAGAAAGGCAGGGUGCGAUGGAUAGUAUUCCGUGGGAAAAUGAGAUCUAGCAACUCUACGUCAAGGAGCAGUGUAAUUUACGGCCAUGGACCCAAUAUAGAGAAUAGAAAUAGA